AUGUCGUCAAGAACAGCGCUCAAGACGUUCUCUCUCACCAACGACAUCCUAGAAGUCACCGUCCAAGAUGAAAUUUACCGAUUCGAUGCUGAGGCUAACAGAUGGAUUAAUCAAGAGGCUCCUUGGACGAAAGAGUGCGUACCCUCAAAUUAUCACCCACCCACCUUGCUGGCGCCGGGUGAUGGAGAUCGAUUCAAGAGCCUACCAGCCUUGUCGUGUCCUAGUCCACAAUCCUGCAAAAUCUCUGCAGUCGCGCUGAUCAAGAUGGUGUGUGGCACGACACUUAAGCCCUGA